CAGCACGCGGCGGCACGCGGCGGCAGCGUAUCGGAAGCGGCGACAGGGCACGUCCAACUUUCCUUGGACCGGUGGCGGUGCUGGAGCGCACAGCCUAUGGUUUAUCAACAUGGAAGGGGAUAACAGUGUUGACAAAUUCAGUAACUAGCGGGUAAUCAUUAAGAAGAAAGAAGUAACUAAGAAGAAACAAACUAGAAAAGUAGUUCCGUCCAAUGGAAAAGAGUCGAAGAAGACAAAGCAGAAGUUGAGUGAUGUUAUACUAGGAAAAAGUGUUGUAGAAUCUGCAAGUGUCGGUUGUGCUCUGAUGGAAGAAUUUGAUCAGUUCGUGGAAUACCAAAGCUUGAGCAAAAGAACUGAGGAACUGAUUGAAAGUCAAGAAGCUGAAAUGGGGUUUAGCUUGUUCGAUGUUGUUGACAAAGAAGUUGAAGAAGGUGCGAGAAAUAUCAUGAGCCAAGAUUUUGAAAUAUCUAAUAAUGAUGAACAUAGUGCAAGUGCUGUCAAGCUGAGUGUUGUAAUUAUAAUUCUACCUAUGCUGAAUGGCAGGAGGAAUUCUUGUCAAGUUCAUGAGUACAGUUUAAUUGCUUGACAAAAAGUUCAUCUUCUUUGUGUUUGGUAGUUACUUGAGAGAAUAAAUGAGAACCAGAACAUUGUUACAGGUUCUUCUUCGGCAGUGCAACUAACUUUGAGCAAGUAGGAUAGUGUUGGCGAGAACAUGUGCACUGAACAUUUGACAACAAGAGAAGAAGUGAAUUUUUUUUGCAAUGAGGUACUUUCUUUGGCUGAGAAUUGUGACUAUAGCUAUGAAAGAAAUUAUGACAGCGAAGAUUCUGAUGAAGAUUCAGUAGCUUGUGCUGGUAGUGAAGAUUAUGUGUUCCCUACACCAGAAGAAGCGGACCGUGCUAGUAGACCAGAAGUUGGUAUAGUGUUCUCAACAUUGGAUGAAUCGCUCAGGUUUGCAAAUGUAUAUGCUCAGUUGAAUGUGUUCGCAGUGAUAAAAGGGAGAAAUUACAAGAAUAGGAAAUUGUAUUUCCAAUGCAACAAAGGUAGGAAAAGACCAAGUGCCAACAGUGGUUUGAGGAAAAGGAAAAGAAACAUCAUUGAAGGUACAAAUUGUCCGAUGAAUAUUAUAGUGAAGUUGGUGGAUGACAAGUGGCACAUUGCAUCAGUUUCUCUUCAGCAUAACCAUGAUCUAGUGAGCUCACCAUCACUUACAAAAAUUUUCUUAAGCCACAGAAAUAUGAAUGAGGAAGAGAUAAUGUUGUCCAAGUUGCUCCAAGAACAACGAGUGAAACCUAGAAGAAUCAUGAGUAUAUUCCGAAGGCUAUGUGGUGGGAAGUUGGGAAACAAUACGUUUGAUGUGAAGAAGCUAGAUAACUUGAAACAGGGAGAACGAAUCCGUAAGAAAGAGAACACAGAUAUUGAAUGGACAUUGCAGUAUAUUGACAAGCUUCAAAUUGAUACUCCUGGUUUCUGCUAUAGGUUGCAAAGAGACACAGACAACACUGUCCUCGGCAUAUUUUGGACAGAUGCUCGAUUCCGAUUGAACUACAGGUUGUUUGGCAAAAUAAUCUCAUUUGAUACCACUUACAGCACAAACAAGUAUAACAUGCCUUUUGCACCUAUAGUUGGAAUUAAUGGACAUGGUAGAACAAUUGUUUUUGGUUGGGCCCUAUUGCAAGAUGAGACUUCAGAUACUUUUGAAUGGAUCUUUCAAACUUUUAUGGAGGUAAUGCAGUGGAAGAAACCAGGAAUAAUAUUGACAGACCAAGAUGCAGGGAUGAAAGCUGCUAUUCCUAAAGUUUUUCCAUAUGCUAUACAUAGGUUCUGUCUUUGGCAUAUAUUUAAGAAUGUCAGGGAAAAUAUGAGUGCAUUUAUGGCUACAAGGGAAAAAAUGGAGAAACAUAUGAUGAAGUGCUUGUUGUAGUCCAUUACUGUUGAGGAAUUCGAACAAAGAUGGCAGAAAUUUGUUGUGAAGUAUGAGUGUGCUAGGCAUGCUCACAUCAAAAGGAUGUGGGAGAACCAGACCUUUUUUGUUCCAGCUUAUUUCCAAGGAUUGUUCUGCCCUUUCAUUAGGUCAACCAGCCGUAGUGAAAGUUUCAACUCUAAUUUCAAAGACUAUAUCAGGAGGAAAGAUACUAUAGAGGCAUUCAUGAAACAAUACGUGCUAUUCCAAGAAAAUGUUGUUCACAUUGAAAACCAGGACAGAUUCUUGUCAAAUGAGAAGAGUCAUGUGUAUUGGAGUCAUCAGGCUGUUGAACGGCAUGCAGCAGCAAUAUAUACCAAAGGAAUUUACUUGAAAUUUCUCACAGAAUUAGUGAAUGCAACAGCUUUUAAAGUUAUAGAAGUUGAGAAGGAGAGAGUGUAUGACUUGAAUAAGCACACAUGGUACAGAAAAACAGAAUUCACAAGAGAAAUGUUCAGAGUUAAUGUUGACCUUGUUACUGGGUCGUUUCAAUGUUUCUGUGGGAAAUUUGAGCGUGAUGGUAUUGUUUGUUGCCAUAUCCUCAGACUGUUUACACAGUUCAACAUUACCCAAAUUCCAGAUAAAUUGAUUGUUGACAGGUGGACUAUUUCUUUUCGAGAAAACGAACUAGAGAAGUUCAAGAAAGAUAAUAUAUUGUUUGGAGGUGAUGAUCAAUCACACAAUGCUGUUAGAUAUGCUAUCCUGAUGAGUAAAGUUGGGGAAGCUUGCUCGUACGUCAGCAAAGAUUCUGAGCUUAGUAAAGAACUCCUUGAUGCUGUUGCUCAAGCUCAUGUCAAGUAUUUGCAGGGAAAGAAACAUCAAGAUAAAGUGCAAACUGAGAAUUCAUUGAAAGAUCCUCCAGUACGGUCAUCAAAGUCUGUCAACAAAGUGCAAACUGAUGAUUCAUUGAAAGAUCCUCCUGUGCGGUCAUCAAAGUCUGUCAACAAAGGAGAAAGAUUGAAGCCACAAUCUGAAAAGAAAUCUAGGAAGAAAUCUGUUGUAAAGAAGAAGACUGCUUGAAGAUUCACACCAGAAAUGAAACAUUUUUGUGCAAAAAAGGGAGAAAAAAA